GGUCUUGCUCAAUUACUCUACUUCUUUUCCUUGAAGAUUUAUACUUCUCCCUGUACGACACGUGCUAGGGGUCCAAACGACGGUUUCACAACAGUACCGAAACAGGACUGUCGAAAGCACAGCUCUGUUAUCAGACGAUGGUGGUGGUUACGUUAUGCAGAUUAGUGACAGUUGAGAAAAUAAAACGCUGCCCAAGGGCACCUCCUGGCCUACUGCCUCUAAAGGCCCACUCGUAUAACGGCAGGGAGAAUGCAAGAUUCCCCUGCCUAGCGUCUCUGCUGUCCAGGAAUUCCAUUUUCACCAUCCUGAGGCAAGAGAAAUGUAAUAUCGCCCUUCUGAUGGUUCGGUUCCCCCCCCCCAUAUCAAUGGGUUUUCUUCCAUUUUACAGUGCAGUGUGAACCUCCUGCCAGCUGACAUGGUUGAGUCUAACAGACACCCUGUCCCUUUAAGAGGCAAGGAGGAAGGCUGUUGCUGUGGAAACCAGCGGAUACAUUGCAAGCUCCUGUGCAAGAAAAGAAAAGGAAAGCUCCUCACUACAGACCUUUGGAAAGUCUACCCUUCCACACACAUCUGUUCCACAGCCUGAAGGCGUUCUCUCCUCACAAUGGAAAAAAAGAGUUCGGAAGAAACAGCAGAAGAGGUGCCAGUGCAGAAAAUUCCACCUGCCAGCAAGGGGGCAGUGGAGUUCCUCUCUCUUAUUGAAGCAAAAGAGAUCAAGCCCUGCCUCUUUGAAGAAUCACUCAUAGCCAUCUCAGAGAGUGGACAGACAAUAGGAAGUUUCUCAGUCUCCGUGGAGUUGUCCUGCUAUUCGCUAGAUGACUGGGAGGAAGAAGACUGCUAUUUGGUCCGAGCAACCAGCAAGGGAACCAUUGAUGGUGUACCUUGCACAACAACCAUUACAGGAUAUAUAACAAAGAGACUGGAGACUGUGGAGCAACAUACGAAGGAAAGCGUGAGGUUUAGAGAGCAUCCCGUGGAAACCAGGACUCAUGUGGUGAAACGCGAAGAUCAACUAUUUGUGCGGAAAGCCAUAGUGGAAAGAGAUGAAGAGAUCCACGUUGACACCUUUUCUUACAAAUGUGCACACCUCCAAGGACUCAUCUCAGAGUCUGCCAACUUCCUGGUGCUGCGGGUGAUGGCCCGGAGGAAGGCUGUGCCAGAGGAUGCCGUUUUCCUAUCAUUUGACACUAACCACCACAUCUGCACCUCAUCCUAUAGUGCCUUAGGUAUCCAGAAGCAGCAGGUGGGCAAAGAGGAGGUGGAUGUGUUCGUGACUGAGAGAGCUGUGCACUCUACAGAUGACAUCCCACUGACCUGGCAGUUCUACUUCCUGUCAGAUGGGCAUUUAUCUCGCCGUGUCCAGGUUGGAUCCCCGGCCACCAUGGUGAUCCUGCAGAUGCCCAUUCUGAUUGAAACAGAUGAACCAGACCCUCGUCCAGUCUUCGAAAAACUCCCUCUAGACUGGGAAGAGGAUGUGGAGCUGUAUUCCAGAUUCUUAGACAGAAAGGAGGAGCUGCAAGCAAGCCAUGCCACCUAUGUGCAACGCCAUCCAGAGCUCAAUGCCCUUCUAGCAGACUUCCUACAGCUACUACUACUUCGCAAGCCUGAAGAUGUGGUCACCUUCGCUGCUGAAUUCUUUGCCACCUAUUCAGCCCAGAACCCACCAUGCAGGUCAUUUCAGUCAUCUAACAAGCCCAAUCCUUUUCGUAGCCAUGUCUAAAUGGUUUCAAUGGAAUGCUAAAGACUGAUGAAAUAAAUGCCUCUUUAA